AUGCAAGCAGAUCAUUUGCGAAAAAAAUUGAAUUUUGAUGAUGAAGAGGGGAUAUCAGAACAACUUACUCCUACUGAAGACGAACGAAUAAACGAUGAAGAUGAUGACUUUGAGGAUGCCUGUGAAACUUUUGAUGAGAAUAUUUUGAACGAUUCCCUUGCCAGUCUUGCAGAUCGCCUGGGUGCCUUGUCGUUACGGUCACCGCCUGUUGAAAUUCGAAGCAAAGAAAGGUUUAUGCGAGUUUUGUUAGGUUGCUUUGUUAGUUUUGUUAUGUCAAGGCUGGGAAAAUUUUUGCGGUUUUUGGCGCAUAGUCGCCAACACCGACAUAUAUCAGCUUAGAA